AUGGCGUCGCGCAUCGCCCAGCGGCGGUCCGUGGCCGCCCCGACGCGUCUUCAGACGGACGCCGCCAAGCCACGGCCGUCGGUCGCAAGCCCUCGCAGUAGUAGCAUCCCACCGGCGAGCAAGACACCACCCGCAAGCAAGACGCGUCCGCCGCCGGCGCCGACGUCGACGAUCCCGAAACCACGACCGUCGACGGCGUCGUCGUCCAACAUUCAGCGCACGGCAUUGCCACGCUCGGCGACGAGCCGCAUAUCGUCCGCACCUCGGUCAACGCUACUGGAGAAGAAGCCACCGCUCAUUCGACAAGCGACCACCUCGUCGCUGCUCAAGCCACCGAGUGCGAUCGAGACGUCAUCCAAGACCAAGCCUGUGAUGCGCAAGACGGCAUCGCUCUCGACGCCAGCGCUCGUGCUGUCGACGGCACGGCCAAUCGAAGCGGCGGCCAUGGCAGCACUGCAGUCGUCGCCAACCGCCAAGGCCGCCGCCAACCUUGAUCUCGCGAUUGAACGGGAAGAAGGUGCUGCCAAGCUCGCAGCGUGCAACGAAUCGCUCGAAGCAAGGGACGCCGAGUUGGCAGCUACGGUAUGCGAGUUCACUGCCAAGAACACCGAGCUUACUGCCAAGAACACCGAGCUCGCAGCCAAGAACACCGAGCUCGCAGCCAAGGGCGAGGAAUUGGCUGCAAAGGAUGCCUUGCUCGCAACCAAAGAGGCCACGAUCACAGACUUCAGCACUGCGUGUGCUCGGCUCAAGGCCGACUGCGAGACGUACGCAACGACAGCACUCAACUGGAAGUCCAAAUGCGAAGCCGCUGAGGCUGCCACGCUCAUGUGGCAAGGCAAGUGCGAGGCUCUGACGCGUGAGCUUCAGCACGCACAAACAAGUGCAAUGUCGAUAUCGAAGGACGAUUUAUUCAAGCCAGCGAUGGCACGCCGGAGCAGCUCGUCGGUGCUGCUGCGUGCCAACGCCGCGUGGGUCCAAGCGGCCGAGGGCCUUGAGCACAACUUGGCGGACGCGGAGACGCUCAUCCAGCACUUUCACAGCGACAGUGACGCGCCGACGUCACCGAUGAUGAUGCACCGCACGUCGUCGUUGGUGCUACCCGACACGAUCGCGGCGCUCGACGCGCAGCUCCAACGCAUGCCGCUUCAGCUCGAGGACGAGACGAUGGCGAGCCAACAAGGCUACGAGCGCGACCUCUUCAACCUCAAGAAGGAACUCCGGCGCCUCGGCGAGUACGUGCGGUCCCAGCAAAGCGUGACGCUCCUCGAAGACGAGUUCAAACAGUACAAGCUCAGCACGGAAGAGAAGCUCCAUCGGUCCCACGAUGAGCUCCAUAGCCUUCGCGCCAAGCUUUUGGGGCUAGCCAAGACGCACUGCGAGCAGAUGGCCGAGGCCGUCACGCGCAUGAACGUACUCGAAGACACGAUCGAAGCGCUCCAAGCUGGCGCACCAGUCGCCGAGCCCGACGACCACAUGGCCGCGUGGAAGGUCGAGCGCGACCAGCUAAGCGCCACGAUUACGUCGUACGAGCGCACGCACGUUGAACUCCAGACGCAACUGGCGACGCUCCAAGCGUCGGUCGCGAGCAUGAACGAGGAGAAGCUGCUGCUCACAGCGCAAUGCUCGUCGCUCCAGAGCGCGCUCGCCAGUCGCAAGGACGUUGACGGCGUGUGGGACGUCAUGUCGUCCACGUCGGCGUGGGUCGUUGACGUCCUGCGGGCGCAGCUCGACCAGUGCUAUGUUCGUCGCAGCGUCUAUGCGCGAGAGCCAUCGCGAGCGUCGAGCGCUCGGGUGCUCGAGCUGGAAGCUACGCUAUUAGAUCGCGAGUCGCAAGCGCGCGAACUCCAAACCCAAAAGCGCGCGCUGGAGGCCCAGGUGCGCGAGCUUGAAAACCAAGUGCGAGAUCUUGACGUCGUCGCGAGCGCAAGCGUGGACAUGGAAAACUUGCAGCUGCAGCUUGACGGGCAAGAGCGCCAGCUCACGGCGCUGCGAGCGCAAAAACACCACGAGAGUGUCGAGAACCAUGCGCGGAUCGCGGCGCUUGAACUCGAGCGGGACGAACUUGAGUCUGGAGCGCGCGCAUCAGGUGUGCAGUUGCAGCAGCUGCAAAAGCACAUUGUAUCGCUCACCGCGCGGUACGACCAGGAGCAAGCCAACAGCGUGCAAUUGGACGCGACGUUGGAGGCGCAGCAAGCCCACAUCACGGCGCUUGAGCGUACGAAGGCGACGAUGGCGACCAAGAUGGCGCAGCUGGAGCGGGCGCUCGCGCUCGCCGACAAGCAGCACGCAAAUCAUCGACAGCUCUUGGACCGUGACCACGCUGCCUCGGCGACGCUGCAUCUGGAGAUCGCGCACUUGAAAAAACAAAACGACGGGCUCGCGCAGCUUCUCGGUCGUCAAGAGGCGGCACUCCACGACGCGCAGAAGAGCGUGACCGACCUCGAAGCCCAAGUCGAGCGCUACCAGCUGCAGCAAGUCGAGUUGGAUCAGUACAAGCACGAGGUCGAGGCCAUGGAGGAGAUUCUUGAGGCCAGCAGUCCGCUCCGCGGCGCGGCCGUGCGGCCGCACAUGCCAUCGUCGUCGCCGCCGUCGCCAAGUGCCAAGCGAAGCGCGGACCCCCACGUGGCCAUGUGGCGCGAGCGCUGCGCUGCGCUCGAAGGUACAAACGCCGCGCUGCUAGCAAAGCUCCAAGCAAAGGACGAGCCUGACAUCCGCUUCUACGUCGCUCAAGUAGAUGGUCUCGAAGAGCGCCUGAGCGAGCAAGCCGCCAUGUACCAAGGCCUCCUCGACGACGCCCAAGCGCGUUGCGAUGCGCUCAGCGCCAAGUACGACGCCGCGAUGCGACAGCUCUCGACGCUACCGACAAGCCUCGACCAAAGCAUCUAG